AUGGAGCUCCUGGUGCUGGUGCUGGUGUUGCUGGGUGGGACCUUGGGCAGUGGCAUCAAGGAGAAGGCACUGGACAUGGCCCCCAAUGCCUUUGAUGACCAGUACAAAAGCUGCAGGACUGAAAUGGAGAAGAAGCUGCGGAACCUGGUGCACUCUGAGCUGGACAUAAACAAAGAUUUUGCCAGAGCUUGGGCUAAGGCCAGUGAGGAGUGGAAGAAGCGCCAUCGCCAGCAGUGCCCACUGCAGCAGGAUCAGGCCAUUGCCCUCCUGGCAUACACAGACUCAGCUCUGUCCGAGGCUUUCAAAACAGCCAUGGCCCAGAGUGGACCUUCUGCCUUCAUUUACUGCCACAACUUCCACUUCAAGGCUCUGCAUUUCUUGCUGACCAUGGCCCUGAGUGACAAAGCCCAUCCCCAGGGCACCUGCCUGACCGUGUUCCGAGGUGCCAAACCCAGGUUCACUGCCAAGCGUGGCCAGACCGUUCGCUUCGGCCACUUCGCCUCCAGCUCCCUGAAGGAACAAGUCACCAAGAAAUUUGGCACCAACACAUUCUUCAAGGUGGAGACCUGUCAUGGUGCCUUUAUCCGUGACUUCUCCUUCUACCCUAAGGAGGAUGAGGUGCUCAUCCCACCCUUUGAGACCUUCCAAGUCAUCAGUGUCAGCCCCAAAAAGGAAGGUGUCCACAUCCAUCUCCGCUCCAGUGGCACCUGCAGCAAUUAUCACUGCGAGUUCACCCGAGCAGAGAAAUGUAAGAACAAGGCCAAGACUUGCAAAGCAGGCAGGAGCAUCCACAGGGACCCUCUGCACAUCCCUGGGCUCCUCCUGACAGCUGUGGGACCAGCUGCUGCCAAUGGCACCCACUGA